AUGAAGAAGUUGAUGUCGAAGAAAAAGCACAUUGAAGGUGACACAAUUGAAGUCACCCAUGGUUGUAGUGCUAUCAAGAUUAGAAAAAUUAAGGAAAAGAAUGAAGACUCCGGGGCUUUUACCAUCCUUUGCACCAUUGAAACACAUAUGUUCAUGCAAGAUUUAUGCAAUCUUGGUGCAAGUACAAACCUAAUGAUUUUUUCCAUCUACAAAAAUCUCAUAAUGGAUACUCCAACUCCAACAUCUUUGUUAUCGUUACUGGAGGACUGGUCUAUUAAGAGUUCGGACAGAAUUUUGUAUGAUGGUCUAGUCAUGGUGGAAAAAUUUAUACUUUCAACAGACUUUAUGGUUUUGGAUUGCGAAAUGGAACAAGAAGUUACCAUCAUUCUUGGUCGACUUUUCUUGGUCAUCGGAAGGCCCAUUGUUGACUUAGAGUUAGAUAAAAUGUGGUUUAGAGUUCAUGAUGACAAGGUCUCUUUUCAAAUAUGCAAAACAUCGAAGAAACCCAUGGAGCUUCAAGUGAUAUAA